AAUUAUGUAAUGAUUGACUUUUGGUUGCUUUGUUUCGUUUUUUUGGUUUUCCAAUGUUGUUUGGUUAGUGGUUUCACAUAUUCAAAAGCUUGUCGUUGGAUAGUACCUUUUAAUGAUACUGUAUCUUACUGGAAGAGUACUGGAACUGGAAAAACAAUUGAAUCCACUAUUCAGAAUUCGCUCUUCUCGGUGGAAAAAGCAAAACUUUGUGAACAGCACAGCCUUGAAAAAUUGGCAGAAUGUCUAUUUGAGGACCCUGAUAUCGUAUUCUGGACUCGAUUUCUAUCCGGAGUUCAACUUGAAAAGUUUUAUUUGCUGUUGACUGAUUGGUUUGAGAAGAACAGUCAGUGUCCUAAACUUUUUGUCAUUCAUGUUCAACACGGUUUGGGUAAUAGACUUCGUGCUCUUGCUUCUGCUCUUGCUUACGUAGAGCUGAUACCUCACAUACCUAUCCUUAUUUGGGAGUGUGAUCACCAUAUGGGAGCAAAGUGGGAAGAUUUGUUCGAAGAUUUAUCCAAUGUAGUGAUAUCACCUGUAGAAGAUGAAAGUCUUUUGAAGAAUCCAUUUGGUAAUUUCUUUGUAAUUGAUUAUAUGAAGGUGACUACCAGGCAAAGAUAUCCAUUGCCUUUGGAGUACACCAUCUCACAGCACAUUUACUGGAAAAGUGCUUAUUUAUUACAUGUUGUUGGUUACCAGUCAGCGCAGAUAAUCCGUCGCUUUCAUUAUUUGGUAAAGUCGCAGUUCUCUAAACUGAUUCCUAUUCAGCCAUUGAAACAAGUCAUUUUGGAAAACUGCCCAAGAGAACCCUUUAUAGGUUUCCAUAUUCGACAACGUUUGCUUCAUGAAGAGAAAUUCGUUACGAAGAAUCCUCAAUUGGAGUAUGGUUAUUUUUCAGCUCGUAUAAUAGACAAAUAUAGAAGUAAGAAUAGAGUAGCUUACUUUUGUACUACGGCAUCAACGUUGCUUUCGUUAUAUCCUUCCAUCUCUAUUUAUACCGCAGCAGACUCAUAUCUUUCGUAUGAGCAAUUGUUUCAUUGUGUACAGAACAAGAUUGCAGUGGAUCAUCGAAGAUUAUUGCCACUUUCUAUCUCUACUUGUGAAAAUAGAAGCAGACUGUGUAUUCAAAAGGCUUUAGUUGAUUUGUAUUGUCUUUCUCAAUCUAACUUGUUGUUUGGGAGUUUGUGGAGCUCCUUUACGGAAGUUGCGCAUUGGUUGAACUCGAAUGAUCAGUCUCUUGUUUACUUGCACACAAAUUUAUUUUUUAGGAAUGGAAGUUUUAGGAAUGAAACUGAAUUUCUCAUGAAUGUCGAAGAGAAAUUGACAUUCAUUUUGUCGUGAGUUUGUGCAAUACAGAUGAAAUGGAAUAUUCUAUUCACAACACUAACUACAUAAAUGGUGCCAUGAAACGACCUUGUAAGAUAUUGAGAUAUUCUAUUCCUAGGUCUUACUUGAAAAGCAAUAUUUGAUUGACUUGUUGCAAGAGUUUAUCGACAGUGCGGUAUGAGUAGUCGUUGGAACAGAACAGAAAAAUGUGU